AUGAAACCCUUCAAGUUUUGGUUCACCUCUAUCAGUGGUAGUGAGGAAGAAGAUACAGAUGAAGCCUUGAUGGGACAUAAUUACAAUAACACAUCACGUAUGAAUAGAACAUCGGAAUCAAUUAAUCAAACAACACAACAAUCAUCUAAAAUUAUGAGUAUUGAAACAAUGAUAAACAAUCUGAAAGAAAUUGUUUGUGGUAAGAUUGAAGAUUUGGAACAAAUAACAACAAUAGGAAAGGAUAUUCCUCGUCUAUUGCAUAGGAUCACUUUGGAUGGAGAGGAAUAUAAAGAAGUGGAAGGAGUUUUAUCAUCAUCAAUAAUUGAAGUGGAAAAGAUCAUUUCUGAGAGGAAGAAGAGAAUGUCUCAAUUUCUAUGUGGAGUUUGCUCUAAUAUUCUAUUACUAAAUUCAAAUAAUCUCUUUAAAGAAAUUGAGGAUAAAUUGGAAAAUGAUGUCAAUUUUGAAAUUCAUUCAACAUUUACUAAUUUUGUUGUAGAUACUUUUGGUGUGAAUAGUCCAGUAAUUCAAAUAUUUAGAUGUAUGACACAAGAUGGUGUCAGUCAACCAAUUAUUUAUAUGAAAUUUAAAUCUAGAGAAUUAUUUGGACAAGAUUAUUAUGAUGGAAAGAAAUGGAGAAUUGAAAUGACUGUAAAUACUGAAGGAUUCCAACAAACAGUUGUUGUCAAGCAUAUUCGUUUAGAAAAGUUUUUAGGAAGAAAUUCAGAAACAUUACAAAAUGAAGAUUUAUGUGUUUUUACUUGGCAUAUUGAAUAUCAUUAUUCCAGAUAUGUAAACAUUGAGAAUUUGAAGCAAGUCAAUACUGUUGAGGAAUUAUCUCAAACUGAAACAUCUAAAGAAAGUUUAUUUGUAUUGAAUAAUGUAAAACUACAAUUUGGUGAGAUUAUUUCCUAUAAUGAAAAUGUAGAAACCACAAAUGAAAAUCUCAAAUCUCUAGAAAUCAUCAACAGCAAUCUUCAAAACCUGUUCAGUCAAGAUGUCUCUGAGCUUCAGAUAUAA